AUGAAAGCUAGGGCGUUCCCUCAAAGCGACGCGCAGUGUGUAGACCUCCAUCCUGCGAAAAGUAAGACUAGAGAAUUGGCAUCAAUGUUGAAUAAGAGAAAAGUUGACAUAGCGUGCAUACAAGAGACGAAGUGGAGAGGUCAGAAGACUUUAAUUAUUAUAGAUGGGUAUAAAUUGUACUAUAAUGGAAUUCUUAGCAAUAGGAACGUUGUCUGCAUCAUUCUCAGUCAAGAUCUAACCUCCUCAGAUGUAGAAAUCAACAAGAUCUCUGAUAGAGAAGAAGAGAAAGAUGACUUUAGAGCUAUCCUUGAUGAAGCUGUAAUGGAAAUCCCUAAAGAUGACCUAAUCAUAUUAGAUGGUGACUUAAAUGCGCAUGUGGGAAAAGCAAGAAACAGCUACAAAAGGCAUCAUGGUGGUUUUGGAUAUGGAGAGAGAAAGGAUGAAGGAGAGUAUGUACUGAAAUUUGCGCAAGCCUUCGACCUUGCCUUAAACAACACCUACUUUAGGAAAAAGGAGAGUCAUUUAAUAACCUAUGAAAGUGGUGCAAGGAAAACCCAGAUAGAUUACAUGCUUAUCUCUCGCAGAAGAUUAAAAGAUGUAAUAGACUGCAAAGUCAUCCCAGUAGAAGAUAUUGCCGCGCAAUAUCAUGGAUUUACACCAUACAAAGAACUAUGGUGGUGGAAUGAAGAUGUACAAACCACUAUAAAGGAGAAAAAAGCACUAUUAUGGUACAAAUCCAAAAACCCAUAUGACAAGACAAAUUACAAAAAAUCCAAGAGAAUAGCUACAAAGGCGGUGGCUAGGGCCAAAGCUAUGCAUAUGAAAAACAACAAAGCUAGGGGUCCAGAUGAUAUUCCAAUAGAAAACCUUAAAGCACUAGGAGAUGAUGCAAUACAUCUCACAAAUCUGUACAAUAAAAUACUGGGAAAUGAAUAG